UCAUUUUAUGAUCAGUCAUAUAAAGGUUGCCGGAAAAAGUUGUCGGACGGCCGGCGAAAGGCCGACCGUAGUGCCUGCCCGCACAUAACGUGCGCACGGCACGGCCGGCAGUCCCAGCGGGCAUGCAGACAGCGUCCGCACGCCCAGCAGUACGUGCGCGUAGCUAGUGCCCCGCAGUCAGUCAUGCACUGCCGCAGUCAUGUGCGUGGGCGUACGCAGUGCACGCCAACACGCACGGCAGUGCGCAUUCAGCCGUUUGCGUACACCGCAGCGUCGCACGCCCAGCAGCGUUCCCCGCAACGUCCGUACGCCCGCAAGCAGCGUUCCACGCACGCUGGCCAGUGUCCACGCACGCCAGCACGCCCGACAGCGUGCCAGCAGUGCCCAGUAGGCCUCGGCGUUGCACGACAGCACGCCCGAGUGCCCAGUCAGCCCAGCACGCAUAACCCACGUGCCAGUCGCCUGUCCGUGGUGCGCAGUAGCGCCCAGCAGUGCCAGUCCGUGCCAGUACCAUUGUCAGCGUACAUGACC